GAAGCCUGAGUGCCCACCAGAAAGGACUGCUCUUUGAGUGAGUUGGACGUCUUCCACCAGAGAGAGAUUUGAAGGCUGGGAGACUCAGCCUCCAUCAUGUGGAACACCUCUGAUGCCAAUUUCUCCUGCUACCAUGAGUCUGUGCUGGGCUAUCGUUACGUGGCAGUUAGCUGGGGCGUGGUGGUGACCGUGACAGGCACUGUGGGCAACGUGCUGACCCUGCUGGCCUUGGCCAUCCAGCCCAAGCUCCGUACCCGCUUCAACCUGCUCAUCGCCAACCUCACAGUGGCCGAUCUGCUCUACUGCACCCUUCUCCAGCCCUUCUCUGUGGACACCUACCUCCACCUGCACUGGCGCACUGGUGCCACCUUCUGCAGGGUCUUUGGGCUCCUCCUUUUUGCGUCCAACUCUGUCUCCAUCCUCACCCUCUGCCUCAUCGCCCUGGGACGCUACCUCCUCAUUGCCCACCCGAAGCUCUUUCCCCAUAUUUUCAGUGCCAAGGGCAUCGUGCUUGCACUGGUGAGCACCUGGGCGGUGGGUGUGGCCAGCUUUGCUCCCCUCUGGCCAAUCUAUGUCUUGGUGCCCGUAGUCUGCACCUGCAGCUUUGAUCGCAUUCGAGGCCGGCCCCAUACCACCAUCCUCAUGGGCAUCUACUUUGUGGUUGGGCUCAGCAGUGUCGGCGUCUUCUAUUACCUCAUCCACCGCCAGGUGAAGCGAGCAGCACAGGCGCUGGAUCAGUACAAGCUGCGCCAGGCGAGCAUCCACUCCAACCACGUGGCUGGGACAGAUGAGGCCAUGCCGAGUCGUUUCCAGGAGCUGGACAGUGGGCUUGCAUCAGGAGGGCACAGCGAGGGGAUUUCAUCUGAGCCAGUCAGUGCCGCCACCACCCAGACCCUGGAAGGGGACUCAUCAGCAGUGGGGGACCAGAGCAACAGCAAGGCAGCUAAGCAAAUGGCAGAGAAAAGCCCUCCAGGAGAGCCUGCCAAAGCCAGGACAACUAAGAGAGACCAGGGAGCUCAGGGCUCUCCGUCAGAGUUUGGGAAGGUGACUCGGAUGUGUUUUGCUGUGUUCCUCUGCUUCUCCCUGAGCUACAUCCCUUUCCUGCUGCUCAACAUCCUGGACGCCAAGGUCCGGGCUCCCCGGGUUGUCCACAUGCUUGCUGCCAACCUCACCUGGCUCAAUGGUUGCAUCAACCCUGUGCUCUAUGCAGCCAUGAACCGCCAAUUCCGCCAAGCCUAUGGCGCCCUCCUAAAACGAGGGCCCCAGAGUUUUUGUAGGUUCCAUUAGAACUAUGUCCCCAGUCACCAGAAUCUGGAAAUGUCUCCUCCAGAACUAAGGUGGCCAGCUGGUAUAAGAGUAGAUGAAAGACCUUUGGGAAUUUCCACAGACAACCUCUCCCCAACCCCCAAACCAGGCCUCUCCAUCCCUCGCUCAACAUUUCAGCCCUAGGCUGCUCAAGGUGCAUUAUUAAUUAUUAAUAAACAAAAUCCAUCCUUUUCA